UAUAAAAGGAGUGGGGGGUGGUGGCACGUGGCUUAUUAUAUUUUCUGAGUUCCAGCCAAAGGGUUCUUGCAUCUUGAACCGGUGCGACUAACGCCGGGAAGAGCCUGCGGCAGCGAAACAUCGUCGGUUGUUGCUAGCGGCGACGGAGAGGACGACGACGACGUUGAGGAGGAGGAGGAAGCGUCGAGCGAGCGAGCGAUGAAGGAGGAGAUCGGGGCGGCCGUGUGCCUCAUGAGCCGCCUGGUGGGGCGCAGCGAGCGGCUGGCGUACGGGGACGCCGAGCGGUUUGGGCGGGCGCUGGGCGCACGGCUCGCCCAGCGCUUCCACGACCACUGGUACCCCGAGAGGCCGAGCCGAGGGCAAGCUUACAGGUGCAUCCGCGUGAACGCGACGCAGCGGGCCGACCCGGUGCUGGUGGCGGCGUGCCGGGACAGCGGCCUGCGGCUCGUGGACCUGUGCCUCCCGCGGGAGCUCACGCUGUGGGUGGACCCCUGCGAGGUGUGCUGUAGGUACGGCGAGAAGAACCACGCCUUCACGGUGGCACGCUUCGACACGGCGGCCGACCGCGACGACGCUGCGCGAGCGAUGGCCUCCCUGGGCCACGGCGACAAGCCGGAGGACGAGGCCCUCCGCACCGACUCGGCCAUCUCCUCGCUCUGGCCGCCGCUGUCGUCGUCGUCGUCGUCUUCGUCGUCGACGUCGUCUUCCACGCCGUCGUCGGACGAGGAGGAGGAGGGGGGGGUCGCCGCGGCGGGGCAGUCGCGCCGCCCGUGGCCGGCGACGGCGAUGACGAGCGGUGGCACCAUGGCGAGGUACGCCGUGCCGGUGACGCUCGCCGCGGCCGCCCCGCACGGCGUCGCUACGCUGGCGCCGACCUCCGUUCAUUUCCAGCACCCCGCGGCAACGAUGGCGCACUACCAGGUCGCCGAGCUGGUCUACCACCCGCUGUACAUGUGGCCCGCGCACCCCGCGUCCUACCCGGCGCGGCGGAGGCGUGCGCCCCCCAUCAUGAGGGCUGGUGCCAGGGUGGCGGGGGCCGGCGGCCCUGCUGCUGCUGCGACUGCCGGCGCCUUGCCGACGACCCUGUCGCCGCACUCCGGCCACUUCCUGGGCCCUUCUUUCAUCGCCAACGCGACGUCGCCCUCCGACGGCAAGAUGAGGAGAGGUCCCAACCGCGCCGCCAUCACCGCCGCCACCACCACUCCACCGCCAGGCUUCGGCCUGCACCGUAGCACGGCUAUAGGGGGGCGGCAGCAGCAGCAGCGGGUCGUGUCGGUGGCCAUGUGAUGCAACCGAUCGAUUUAUUUUUUUCAUUCACGGGGCGGGAUUUGUGUUUUUUUUUUUAUAUCUCACACGUCGCCUUAUCGGUUUUUGGAGUCGUCACUGCCCGAUGAUUCAAAUCGGGCUUUAUCGAAUCGAUGAUUUAGAGGAUAUAUUUUUUAUUGUCCCUCGCACAGUUUUGUAAACAUACGACGGUAAACUCCCCCCCCCCCCCCCCAAACCCCCGGUGCUUGCCAAACGCUGCCCCGUGACGCCGCGAUUGGCGGCCUGUUUGUUUGUUUUUUUGCCAAACGACGACAGCAGAGAACGCAAGAGGGUCGGAUUCGGGAUGAAGGUUGACCGCCGCCGCCGAUUGUCUAAAAGGGCGGCGUCGGUCAACGAUCGCUUUUUGUCUCGGCCGCAGCAGUUCAACAGUGCCGUUUUCUGUGGUCGGCAAAAUUCGAAUAUUUUCGUGUUUGUUUUUUUUUAAAGCUAAAAUGUAAUCUUCAAUUUCGAUUUAAAGCUUUCGUGACUGCAGGGAUUCGUCUUCUGGGUUCUUUCGGUAAAGUCACGUAGGAUGGAAAUAAUAAAAUAACAAAAAUAUGUUUUAUUUUUAUUAUUUCCAUCCUACGUGACUUUACCGAAAGAACCAAGAAGAUGUAAUCUUCAAGUUUGUUAAUGCCCUCGUUGGCACGAUCGCUCUCUCGAGCCCUCUCCCCACCAACCCGCCCGCUUGCUGCAACUCUCCACACGGGGGAGCCGCGAUGUUUCUGACCUGAAGCCACGGCCGCUGCUGCUACGCUCCGACCGCCGGCCCCGGGAACGCAGCGACGAGUCACCACGGACUUUGGCCGAAGUUAGUUUCGCUGUUUUCUUGGUUCUUUCGGUAAAGUCACGUAGAAGGGAAAUAAUAAAAAUAAAA